AUGCAUGAGCUCUAUGUUCCAUUUCCAGAUGCGAAUAUGCUGUACAACGAUCUUCCAGAGGCCGAGCAGCGACACUGGAAGUCACAGCUACUGAGUCAGGACAUGGUGAGCUUCCACGAAAAAACAACAGCAGCUAGCUGGAAAGGAAUUCCCACGAGCUACCUACUCUGUGAGGAUGACUUGGCCAUACCAGCAACAUUACAAGAGCACAUGAUUCGUGGUGUUGAGGAGACUGGUGCGGAGAUUGAAGUUACACGACUCAAGUGUGGGCAUAGCCCAUUCCUCAGUAAGCCGGAUGAGACGGUGAAAUGGCUCAGAAAGGUUGCUGGAGAGGAAUUGUAG